UAUUACACCACCAGUCCUCCAGGGGGCAGUAGUCCUGUGUGUGGCGAUGGAUCAGAGGGCAGAGCAGAGCAGAGGAAGACUGUCGUUAAAACACUGGAGGAGUACACCAAUGACAGCUCAGCACCUGCUGACGGUCACAUAGUCCUCAUACAGGUCCCUCGCUCCAAGUGGGAGAAGGAGGACUAUGAAUCAGAGGAAGAGGAAGGAGGAGGGGUCAGGGUUCAACUCCGCCCCUUGCUCACCCCCUCCCUCCCUUUCCCACCUGGACCCCACAUCACCGUGACGACGGAGACGGAGGCAGGGCGAAGGAAAGAGAGGGACUGUACCUUUCCCAAGCCAGAGAGAACUAUGUCCCCCUCUAGUGGCAGAGACAGAGAAGACGGCCUGCAGGAUGGAAAACACUCCGCAGACCCCAUCCCUCCUGAGAAAGACGGAGAGACGGAGAGAGAGAGAGAUCAGUUAAAGGAAAAGGAGAGGGAUAAAGAACGGGACAGAGAGCGGGGGAAAGAGAGAGAAAGAGAGAGGGAACACAGCCGUGCUUCUGACAAAGAUAUGGACAGACCGAGAAAGAUUCCCUCUUCCUCUCAGCGGCCGGAGAGGAGAGAGAGAGAAGGAGAGAGGACUGGGGAGAGAGGGAGCGACCACAGCAGUGAGAAGAGCUCUCAGCGGCCGGAGAAGAGAGAGAGAGAAGGAGAGAGGACUGGGGAGAGAGGGAGCGACCACAGCAGUGAGAAGAGCUCCUCUCAGCGGCCUGAGAGAAGAGAGAGAGGAGGAGAGAGGACUGGGGAGAGAGGGAUCGACCACAUCAGUGAGAAGAGCUCCUCUCAGCGGCCGGAGAGGAGAGAGAGAGAGGAGAGAGGACUGGGGAGAGAGGGAUCGACCACAUCAGUGAGAAGAGCUCCUCUCAGCGGCCGGAGAGGAGAGAGAGAAGGAGAGAGGACUGGGGAGAGAGGGAUCGACCACAGCAGUGAAAGAGCUCUCAGCGGCCGGAGAGGAGAGAGAGAGAAGGAGAGAGGACUGGGGAGAGGGAGCGACCACAUCAGUGAGAAGAGCUCCUCUCAGCAGCCGGAGCGAGAGAGGAGAGAGAGGACUGGGGAGAGAGGGAUCGACCACAUCAGUGAGAAGAGCUCCUCUCAGCGGCCUGAGCGAGAGAGGAGAGAGAGGACUGGGGAGAGAGGGAUCGACCACAUCAGUGAGAAGAGCUCCUCUCAGCGGCCUGAGAGAAGAGAGAGAGAAGGAGAGAGGACUGGGGAGAGGGAGCGACCACAGCAGCGAAAAGAGCUCCUCUUCCUCCUCACACUCUUACUCACGAGAUCGUAAACCUUUUUCUUCUUCCAGGGACCACAAAGCGACCUCUGACCCCAGAGCCAGGGAGCACAGAGACCACAAACAUAAAGACCACAACGACCAGAACUCCUCCACCAACUCUGACCGUAGACCACUAGACGACCAGGAGACCAGAGAACACAGAGACCGCCUCGACCCCAAACACAAAGACCACCGAGAGCUAGGCAGUGCCUCUCCGUCUCCAAGAGAG